AUGAGGAGCCAAAUAAAAACGGAUAAGAUUGAGGCGGAGCGAGCCCGAUGGGUCGCCGCUCUCAACGACAGCGACGUCUGUCGUCUCGCCUCUUCUUUCCGGGGCGGCGACCCGUGCACUAUCUUCCGGCCGCGCCAGCAUGGCGCUUUCAAUGUCUGCUUCUUCGUCGAGUUCAAGUCGCCUUGGCAAUGCUGGGUCGUCCGGUUUCCCAUUCCCAUCACCCUCUCCAAGGCCGUGUUGGACGAGAAGACGGAAGUCGAAGUGACCACCAUGCGAUACGUGUCGGCCAAAACCACCAUUCCCGUGCCCAAGGUGCACGCCUAUGCAUUCUCAGACUCUGCGCCGAACGGGCUGCCCUAUAUCAUCAUGGACUAUGUCGACGGCCGAAGCCUCAAGGACCUUGGAUUCAAGUCUGGCACCGAAACCUGGGGCUCCCUCAUCUUCGCCGGACGUCAAACCGCUGCCGCAAAGCACCUCCAUCGACAGCUCGCCGACGUCUACAUCCAGUUACGCCAACUCGAAUUUCCCCGGAUUGGUGCCUUGGGCUUGCCUUCGCGUGAAGUGUCAGCCUUGACUUGCGACCUUGACCAGAUCGGCGUUUACAACCGGCCGCUCUCGAUUGACAUGGCUCUGCAGGACCUCGACGGCUUGCAGCCCGAUGACAUCUUUCCGCCCCGGGAGACCCUGUCCACAGCCAUCGAGUUCGCUGACGGCUUGCUGCGGCUAGCCCACAGCAAGCUCGACAAAGAGCCGGACCAGGGCAUGGAUGAGGUCGAGCCUGCAUCUGUUCUGUAUGUCGCCCACCAUUUCGAACGCUUCGUCCGGGACGAGUGGCUGGACAGGUCGGCCGACCGAGGGCCAUUUGUCUUGAGUAUGUCAAUCCCCACCUGUGUGCUCUGCACUGUUUUCGGCAAAGCAAAACACAGACCCGCUCGAGCUUGA